UUCUCCAGGAGGUGGAUGAAGAGAUGGUCCUUCAAGAGAGGGUCAGACUGCAAGCAAAGCGCAAGAGAUUUCCCCAGCAAUCAUACUGAUCCCACCUCAGGGUAUAACAGCCCAAACACUUUGUCUCCAUCCUUGAUUGCCGAGGAUGAGGUCUUCUUUGGCAGCAUGGCAGAGGAGAGGGAAGAUGCUUCUUCUCCAGAACAGGACACACUUCCAUGUAUUGUUGACAGCAGCACAGAAGAUCUGCUCUCUAUAGACUCUGCUCUCCAGGGAUCAGAGUACUAUAAGGACCUGGAAUUUGCUGCACCUACAGAGUCAAAUAGUAACAUGGGCUUGCAGCUUGAUUGGACAUCACAGGAAAUUCCUGGUUUUUGCUCAUCAGCAAAAAAUUCCACAGGUUGUGAGGAGAUGCUUGCCAAUUCUCAGACUUUGGAUACACCGUCCAGUUUUGAAAUGGCACAUCACUACUUGGAGGAGGUCCAUGCUUGUCCAUGCAGUUCUGGGGAUCAGGGGAGCUUUGUCAAAAGUGAGCAGGAAGAGACACUGCAUGGUGAGGAAGGCUUUCCAGUUUUGACCAGGUCUAUGUCUACCUCACGGCGGCACAGCUGGGAAAGUCUUCAGUCUCCAACAGAUGCCCAGCGUAGGCUCAGUCUGGAUGCAUCAGAGCUAGGGAGUGACACAGAAAGGGAGGAAGAAAAGGAGAAGAGUCUCCCUGAUUUCUCCCCACCUCUGUCUUGGUCAGGACUAGAAACUUGGAGUGCUAGCAGUGUGAUCAAAGUGGAAGAUGAGGCUUUGUGCCAAAACCUGGGCCUUGUGGAAAAGCCUGGGAAUGUGGAUAGUGACAACAGUGGGAAGCGGCUGAGGUCUACUUCUGUCUCAUGUUCCUGUGGCAAUGUCGCCUCUCAACAUGUAUCCCAAGGCCUGGAAGUUUCGCUUCCAAUCUCAGUGGGGAUUGUGCCACCUAUGUUGGAUAUGAUUCAAAAGGACCAUGUAGCCCCAGAACAAGUGUUAAUGGUUCAGGAGGUGCUGAAGGAGCUAGCACAGUAUCAUAGUGCUAAACAGGUGUACUCACCUGAAGGUAAAAAUGAAACCCAGCAAAACUUGACCUGGUUUGAAUUCCUGUCUAAUGAGUGUGAAGAGAGUCCAAGGAAUGACAAAACUGAAAAGGGCACCAAGGUGAAGCGCCGGCUGAGCAAUUUGCGCAACCGUGUUACUGGCUCAUGGCAGAAGGAGAAGGGUAAGAAUAAAGAUCGGGAGAAGGAGGCUGUGGAGGCAAAGGAACGAACACAGGCACUGCAUGGGCAUGAACUAGCACUAGGUGCCUUCUCUAAUGGUACCUGUUGCUCUCUCUGUGGCAAAAUCCUGCUGAACAAAACAGGGCUACAAUGCCUGAAUUGUGCAGUAAAUGUUCACAAAAACUGCAAGAAUCUCCUGCCUGAAUGCGGCAACAGCAGAUUCAAGCAAAGGGAUUCGCAACUCCGGCCCUCAGGCUCCCCCCCUAGUUUACUCCAGAGUGCCAACCCAGCUACCUCUCUCAAAGAGCACUCCUGCAGGGCCCUCUUGGGCCCGGAUGGCAGAACCCCUGGCUUGCCCCAGAACCUCGGCAUGACAAUUGGGCAGAGGGGAAGUUUGCCGUCUCAGCUAAGCACCACCUCUGCUGGGGCUGUUGGUAAGCUCGGACACACUGGGGGAGAGAUGGAUGAAGGGGAUUGUGGCUUCAUGAAACUUAAACCAGCCUCUGAAGAUGUUGUCUCACUGGCACCAUCAGCCACGGAAUCAGUUUUUGUGGAAGAUGUUCAGUUUGCCUCCCUGAGGAAUGAACUGGAGACAGACGCUCGGGAGUUUGCUGCCCAGUCUUGGAGCCUGGCAGUAGAGCAGUCAUAUGUGAAGCAGCAGGAGCGGGAUGUUAUUAAAAGGCAGGAUGUCAUAUAUGAGUUGAUGAGGACAGAGAUGCGCCAUGUCCGGACUCUGAAGAUCAUGUUGAAAGUCUACUCCCAAGCCAUGCGAGAGGAGCUGCAGUUCAGCAAUUCUGAUAUCCACCGUCUUUUCCCAUGCGUGGACGAUUUACUGGAGCUUCAUAGAGCUUUCCUCUUCCAGCUGAAGGAACGUCGGAAGGAGUCUUUGGAAGAAGGUAGCGAAUGCAACUAUAUCAUCCAGAACAUUGGGGACAUCCUGGUGCAACAGUUUUCAGGAAAAACAGGAAAUAAAAUGAAGGAGAAAUAUGGCAUUUACUGCAGCAGCCACAGUGAUGCUGUGAGCUACUAUAAAGAGCUGAUGCAGCAAAGCAAGAAGUUCCAAAACUUGAUUAAGAAAAUCAGCAAUUCUUCCAUUGUGAGACGGCUUGGUGUCCAAGAGUGCAAUCUUUUAGUCACCCAGCGCAUCAUGAAGUAUCCUGUCUUGGUGGAGCGCAUCAUUCAGAACACCGAAGUCACCACAAAGGAGUAUGAAGACCUGACCAAAGCAUUAUCGCUUAUCAAGGAUGCCAUCACAGCUGUUGACACCAAGGUGAAUGAGUCUGAGAAACAGCAGCGCCUUCGGGAAAUUGUAACCAAGAUGGAACUCAAGUCUUCUGGAAAGUUUAAGAAUGGCCUUAUCUUCCGGAAGGAGGAUAUGCUUCAGCGGCGCCUCCUACUGGCUGGGAUGCUGUACUGGAAAGCUGCUUCAGGGCGUCUAAAAGAUAUUUUGGCUGUUCUGCUGACAGAUGUGCUUUUGCUGUUGCAAGAGAAAGACCAGAAAUACACGUUUGCAUCUUUGGACUCAAAGCCACCGGUGAUUUCCUUGCAAAAACUGAUAGUCCGAGAAGUAGCCAACGAGGAACGAGCCAUGUUCUUAAUCAUUGCUUCCAAGAAAGGACCAGAGAUGUAUGAGAUUCACACCAACUCCAAGGAGGAAAGGAAUAUCUGGAUGACGCAAAUUCGCAGGGCAGUGGAAAAUUCUGAUGAAGAGGACAGUGUCCUUGCUGAUCCAGAAGAGGAAAAAAAGCAGGCUGAAGUGAGAACUGCAAAACUGAAAGAAUUUCAAGAGCGUUUGAACAUGAAAGAUGAUCUGAUCGUGCAAAGUCUAAACGAGAAGCAACAGAUCUACCAGGAGAUGGCAGAUAUGAUUGGUUUUGAGGACCUGGCAGCUGGCUCCCGCUUCCGGUUUAUCAACAGAGUGGAUUCUCCAGAGACCUUACAGGGGGAGUCCAUCCUCAAGCAGGCAGUGAUAGAAGUGGAGAGCCUUCAGAACCUGAUCUUCACCCAGCUGGCCAGUGCAAGCUCUCAUCCUGAAGAUUCCAGUGGGUCUGGGUUGCUGAGGCGAGCUGAGACUUUUGGAGGAUACGACAGUGCCAUGACAGCUGGCAGCUUCAAGAAGAAAGUCUGUGGUGGAGAGCAGCGGGCGCCAGAUCAGCGAGGCACCCCAGGCAAUUCACAGCAAGUGCAACAAGAGCUCGCAUCUGCUGGAGAGGAGGGGCUGUGUUUGGUCAAUAACACAAGACUGGAACAUCAUAGCAGCUUGCAACCACUGCUGUGGACUGAAUCAGAGCUUGUUCAAAGGAUACAGACCCUCUUGCAGUUGCUGCUUAGUCUCCAGGCGGUGACAGCCCAGCAGGACAGCUACAUUGAGUUGCAGAAGCAGUUCCGGCUACAAUCCACGCGAGGGAAUUUGCUGCUGGAUCAGGAGAGACAACGCAAUUUUGAGAAGCAGCGGGAAGAACUGGCCAAUGUGCAGAAAUUGCAGAGCCAGUUGAAGACUGAGCAGCAGCGCUGGGAACGAGACUGUGACCGCCAGCGGCGCCAGAUGGAGGUGGAGAAGAAACAGUUACAGGAGCGAGAGGAGGAGGCACGGCAGCUGAUGGAGCGUCUGAACCAAGAACGGGAGGAGCUGGAACAGCAGCGAGAGGCCUAUCAGCAUGACUUGGAGAGGCUGCGGGAAUCCCAGCGAGCCGUGGAGAAGGAGCGUGAACGUCUGGAACAGCUGCGCAAGCAGAAGAAGCAGCAUCUAGUCUCGGGUGCCUUCUCGCCUGAGCCAGGCCAAGCGCAAGCCCUGAGCCACUCGGUCAGCUUCAAUGGUGAAAGUAUGGAAGGAGCCAUGCUGCCUACCAAGCCAGGUGGGCGAGGCAGCAUCUCUGGGACAGAAUACCUGGAGCGAGGAGAAUUGGUGCGAAAGGACAGUGCAGCCUUGGAGGGAGGCCGCCCCAUUCUGGUCCUGAAGAAUGAGGUGCCCAUCCACUUGCUGAGUACCACCAACCAGAGCCAGAAACAGGCAGCUGUGCAGCAGCAGAUCCCCACCAAGCUGGCCAUUUUGACCAAGGGCAGCAAGGAAAAAGCUGGAAAGGCUGUCAAGGUGACCUCCCACAGGACUGAAAGUUCACCAUCAGGUGAUAUGAGGCCAUUCCCAAUUUCCAAGAUAGUUACCAAGGAAGAAUCUCAGUCUCGAAACAGGCGUUCUGCAAGCCCCGUCUUUCUGCAUAGCCAGAAUGUUGCCUUCCUUCCAGAACUGGCUGGUGCUGCUGAGAGCAGCCACCUGGAAGCGCCAUCUACCUCUGUUGGUCCCAUGAAGCCCAACAGCAUUCACGUCCUUCCACCUGCUCUGGAUGACGCUAGCAAAGAUGAUGUUAUUUUUUUCUGAUCAACACCAAGGUCUGCUUUCUUUGCCCAAAUGGGUGUUGGAUGGUCUGCCUUGCCCCAGCUGCAUAAUCUGAAGGCAGAGCUGCAAGAUUUUCCCUGGAAAAGGAUUCAAAAUGAAGAUUUCAUUUGGGGGCUUCAUGUUACAAUCUUGGCUUUGCUUACAUCGUUCCUUGGGCUAGAACAUUGUUCUGGCUUUCUUUGAGUUCCAAGGCAAGCUUUUACAAUAAAAGCUUCACAUUCAACCAUAAGGUGGCCCUUGGACUCUGUGUAGGACCAAACAAAGAUGUUGAUGGUCUUAGGGACUCUGUGGAGGGAAUCUGAGGGAACUAGAUUAGGCCCUGCCUGGUUGCAAAGCACCUCAUCUCCCCUGAAGACUCAUUUUUCUUCCUCCUCUCCUCCCCGUUGUGGGGAAGUCCUCCAGUGCAAAUUGAGUCCUGGAUUUUUGUCCCUGCUGAAGACCCUUGCUGCAGUAACCAGCCCCACACAACAGCAGGCUCAAUUUUCCAGACCCUUUCCAGAUAGUUUGGAUGGAGUGUGAGGCGGGAAGUGGGUGGGAAAUGCAGGUCAGAAUUACAUUGAACGCCAAGUUGUUUCUGGUUGAUUGUUCAAAUGAAGGAAAUGAAGAAAUUCUUAACUUAAUAACUGAUCAAGAUGUUUUGAGUGGAGCUUCAUUCUCGCCAAAAGAUGUCAUUCCCUGUGGGAACGUCCAUUGCUUCUCUUCUGUGUCUGUUCCUCAGGUCAGAAAACUACUGGAGAUGCAAGCUGCUGAAGUUUUAACUUUCCCCAAAUUUACACUCUGCACCUUGUAUUUGUGUCCUGGCACCACAAGUACUUGUUCGAAAGUGAGUUGUGGAAAAGUCUGAUUUCUUCCACCUUGUUGCACCUGAAUAGUGUCUCAAGGUGAAACUCCUGUACUCUGGGUCUUGUUUUAUUGUGGGGCCUGUAUGUGUUCUUUUGACUGUAUGGAGACCUUGGUUUCCUUUUAGAGCCAUUAGGAAGUUUGGAGGUCAGAAGAGAGACUGGCUUUGAAAGCAGAGCCUAUGAACAGUCCAUGCAUGGCAGAAACCAUGGUGCCAUUCAUUUUAAUAUGAACCCCGCUUCCUAUCUUAGGAAACCAUCAUCCAGACUCUGAUGAUGAUGUCAUGAAGAUUACAGUAGGCAGCCAUGAAAGAAAAUGUUUUUUUAAAAAAUUAGCUUUUAAGCUCUUUGUGUAAGAUCUACCAGCUGCAUCACAAAAAAAAAUCCUUUAAGUAAUUUUAUUGUACUUAACGAUGUUUGUGAAUUGCAUUCUGACUGACCAUUUGUGCCAUGCUUAUCAGUGUUUUCUGAUAUAUAUGGAUGGUGUGAGACGAACCCAAGCACUUUAGAACAUGGAUGGCAUUUUUAUUUCCUUUUCUGUCUUACUGAUGAACAAAAAUGUUUCUCUGUAGUAAGAAGUGGCUAUAACUUUAUUGAGAAGUCCUCUGCCUCUAGUGGCUUAAGUCUGAAAAGCUCAUUUUGCGCUUUACUUCUCUGUGUGAAUACAUCAGCCUGAAGCUUCUUCAACAGAUUUUUAACUAUCUCUUUAGACAAAAUCCUAGUAACUUUGUACAUAGAUCCUCUCUUAGUGGUUAUUACAUAGCAAUCAUUCUAUGUAACUCUCCUUUUUAAUUAUUUGUAAAGUUGAUGGUUUUCAGUGUUUAAUUUUUUUUGUCAAAUUUGUGCACUACUGUAAUGAUCAAAUGGGAUCCUGUCACAACAAAUUAUGGCUAUUUUUUAAGCAAUGAUUGCAACUGUUGCUCUACUAUAGGAUAAUUGUGGAAUCUCAGAUACAACUGAAACCUGAACCUGUUUGAGUCAAUCCAUGAAACCAUAAAUCGAACCUUAAAAUAUGUCUUUUGAAGUAUUAUCUUUGUUUGAAAUUGCAUUUGAUGUGAUUACUUGUGUUGGUGGUUGCCAAAACAAAGCAAA